GCGUGGGCCGCGGGGCGGGGCCAGGGCGGGUGCGCGGCGGCGGCGGGGUGGCUGGGCCGGCGGCGGCGGCGGUACGAGGCGCGCGCUCGGGGUCCCGGUCGCGAGGAGGAGGAGGAUGUGGCGCGCGGAGGGGAAAUGGCUGCCGAAAACAAGCCGGAAGAGCGUUUCCCAAAGUGUAUUCUGCGGAACUAGCACCUACUGUGUUCUCAACACCGUGCCACCUAUAGAAGAUGAUCAUGGGAACAGCAAUAGUAGUCAUGUAAAAAUCUUUUUACCGAAAAAGCUGCUUGAAUGUCUGCCGAAAUGUUCAAGUUUACCAAAAGAGAGGCACCGUUGGAACACUAACGAGGAAAUUGCAGCUUAUUUAAUAACAUUUGAGAAACACGAAGAAUGGCUAACCACCUCCCCUAAGACAAGGAGGUGCAAGGAGGGAGGCGACAGUCAACUUUCCUUCCUGCAAAACCUCCGCAUGGCCCAGUGGACUGGACCCCAGCAGAAAUUAGCCAAGUGGAAGCCAGGGGACCCAGAGGGAUUCAACAGGACCCAGCAGGUACCAACAAAACUUAGUGUAACUGAGAGGGGCCCAGCCUUUACCAUGGGGUUACCUUCAACACCAAGGUUCCCCCACCCCUACCCUUCAAGAUACCUGGGUACCUUUCCUUGUCAUUGUGACUUUGGAGCCCUCUAAUCAGUCCACGUGAGAGCCCCUCCGCUUCUCUCCUCACCUCCCACCUCCCUCUCCCGGGGAAAAACGGCUCAACCAGGAGCAGUGCAAAGAAAGCUCUCCGGGUCUUCUAUCCCCUGAAGAGCAGCUCUGUCAGGCUGGGAAAAUGGUUGUAUUAUUCUUCUGCAGAACUUAUUAGAUUAGAAACUUAGUACAAACAGCCCCAGCUGCAACCGCUAUACAUAGUACUAUCAACAAGGAAAAUUUAUGCUUGAAAAAUAAAAAGAAACUCGAGUGCAUUAGUCAGAGUGAGGAAGUGUUCACAAAAAAAGGUUUGUUCUCCAAGUAAACAGCCACAAUGGAAUUGUAAUCAAAUUUCUUAAUUAUUUCUAUAAAUCUUGGGAACAUAAAAAUACACAAGGCCCUUUUUCAAAAAGUCACUGUUUACAAGUGCCUUGGAUGAGAGAAGAGGUAACUGAAACAGCUCUUGCGUGACUGGAAGAUUCCAGAAGGGGUGACGCCAUGAUUCGGGGACUGAGAGCACAAUCCCUCCUCACACACCAGGAGCAGAGGCUGAGGGGGCCGUUUCUGAGGGGACGCCAUGAGAGCUGCAUUUAGGGCAAGUGCAGAAAGAACCUAAGACCUGGUUGUGCAGUGCUCAGCUUCUUCCAGUCAGGAGAGGCUGUGGUGAGCAGGAGGCUGGUGGCCCUGGGGACCUGGGAACUGAGGGGAGUUAGAGCUUCUUCUAGGGGGGUGGGAGGAGCUGGGCAUCACUGGUGCCCAGCCCAGGCGAGGCAGAGGUGCCCUCUCAGUCCUUAUCAGGCAGCAGCUUGUGGGUCUGGGGUGGAUGGUUUUUCCCUGCUGUGUGUCUAAGGCAGAAGGGAAUGACCUGGCAUCCAGAUCCACCAUCGAACCUUCCCUUAGGAUUAGGGAACAGUUCUUUUGUAAACUGUUUGAAAAUAAUUUGGAAAAUUAGAAAUGUAGAAACAAAUGGUCUAAGUUAUCUUGACACAUUCUGGUGUGUGUGUGUGUCUGCGUGUGUGUAUGUGCGUGUGUCUGCAUGUGUGUGUGUCUGCGUGUGUGUGUGUGUCUCCGUGUGUGUGUCUGCGUUUGUGUCUCCGUGUGUGUCUGCAUGUGUAUAUCUGUGUCUGCAUGCAUGUGUGUCUAUGUAUGUGUAUGUGUCUAUGUGUAUGUGUGUGUGUCUGCAUGUGUCUCUGUGUGUGUCUGCAUGUGUGUGUCUGUGUGUGUCUGCGUAUGUGUAAGGCAGAGUGCAGGAGUGGGUCAGGCGCUUUGGCCCAUGUGCCCAAGCACACAUUUAGAUGUUGGCACUUUUCAGGUGUCCAGGUGUUGCCUCUUGUCCCAGUGGACACUCUGGGAAGGACAAUAGACAGGGUCGUUGACAUCUGGCCAUGGUGCAGCUGGCAGUUUUAAUGCCAUGGACCCUGUGAUGGAGACAGAUGCGUGUCAAUAACAUAAUAUUUUUCCAUGCAGUAAUGUUCGAUACUGGAAUUACUGUUCUUCUGUUUUCUGUUCUACUACAACCCGCUUAGCUCUUCAAGAAAGCCAGAUAGAGUAUCUUGUUUGAACAGUUGGCCACACGCUCGCAUGAUAACACAAUUCCAUUAAAAUGUUCAUACCUUCAGCAGAAAGGCACCCCGCCAAAUGCUCUAUGUGUUGUAUUAAGCCAUAAGCAGAAUUAAAGUGUGGAAUCCCAGCCUUUCCAAAUUGUGCUUUCCAUUACAAUGGAUGAGUGCAGGAGUUGUCUGGGGCAGUUGGGGGUGGGAGCCUGCAGGCUGGGAAGGGGCAGGCGACUGCACUGUUAAACUCCAGGUCCAAAUCCUGCAUCCACCCCAGCUGCUUGAAGUGGGGUGUCCACUGGGGUCAAACCCUCAGUUCAUCAAACACUGCCUUGAUACAAAGCCCUGUCCCUAGCCGGGACUUCUCCCCUCCCCUCUAGGCAGUCCUCAGCUGAGCGGAGCAGGUGCACAGGCACGCAUGUCCUUUCAGCCCCCAGGUAUUUGCAGGUCCUGGACUGACAGGCUUUGCCUGAAGCUCUGUGGGUUUCAGACAGGCUCUUUCCUGCCGAUUUACACUGUAACUUCAUAAAUAAGCCAUUUUCAUUGUCAUUGAUCUUGUCAGUGGUCCCCCACACUUUUCCAAAUCAUCUCUAGGCAAACUCUGAAGUGGGUCAGGAAAGCUGCUCCCCCAAGGGAGGGCAGCCUGGAGCUGCUGCAGCUCCCACCACGUGGCCUUGGGGGCAUGCACCUCCCUUAGGCUAUUCCGACCUCAGAUUCCUCCUGUUUGAUAAUGGGGGUGGAGCGGGUAGAUGCCUCUUGUUCAUGUUAAAACAAUGGAAUCUUUUGUAAUGCGAUGAGCGUCCCCUGCUGCAUUUUGUCACAUCAGUUUUGCAGCAGGGACUCUCUUAAAGCGAGCUGCACUUGUCACCGCAGCUAGAGCUCUCUGUCUGAGCAGGAGGAGCAAUGUGAAGGUGAAACUAAAGGGAAGAAGACCCCAAACUUAAGGCAUUCUGAGUUCUGUGGGAACUAAAAGCCCUGGGAGGCUGGGGUGGCCAAGGGAGAGGCAGGCCGCUAACUCCUUCCACCUUGCUCUCUAGGCAGAGGGAGGGACCUUUUCCAAGGGAACGAUGCUCUUACAUUAUGGAAGACUUCUGUACUGAACACACAGGGUGGUUCAUAGGGUAUCUUCAGGCCUUGGAGUCAGGGGCCUACAGAUGCUAAAGUCCAGAUGCUCUUUUAGUCUAGACGCUUUCUCCAGCUCCAGCUGCUUCUGAUUCUCCAGCUCGUUAGUGCUUUUUCCCAGUUGGCCUGGGUUAGCCAUUGGGAUAGACAGAUCCUGAGGGCAUAGGAGCACUCGUGGUUUCUACUCUGGAUCCUUCCAGAGCAUAUUUAAUCAAGACAUUUUUGCAAGAGUAGAUGAAUUGGGAGUCAGUAAAGUGACAACAAUGUGAAUUGUAGCAACGGUCAGGCCACCCCCUGGUGGUGCCAUCUUGGACAGGCCGUCUGACUGGUGUCCACAGGGGAGAGUGUUAUGGACCAGGCCUGGAAGUGGCAUGCAUCAUUUACGCCACUUUCCACUGUGCAGGAGUGAGUCACAAGGGCAAUAGACCAUGCCCCUCCCCCACACAAGGCCCCUCCUACAUACCAAGGCACCUUCCCACAGAGGCCCCUCCCACACGCUGAAGCCCCUCCCACACACUGAGGCUCUUAGAUACUGUGGACCCUCCAACACAUCAAAGCCCCUCCCACAUGCCAAGGCUUUUCCCCACACAGUGAGGCCCCUCCCACACACCAAUUCCCCUCCCACACACUGAGGCCCCUUCCCCACACAGAUGUUUCUCCCGUACACUGAGGCCGGUCCCACACAUCGAGGUACCUUCCACACACUGAGGCUUCUUCCAACACAUCAAAGCCCUGUCCAGAUACCAGUGCUCCUAUCCCCAUAGAGGACUCUCCCACACCUGAAGCCCCUCUCACACACAGAAGUUUCUCCCACACAGAGGCCCCUCCCAUACACUGCAAUCUCCAAUGCAUGGAACUCUCCCCAUACAGAGGCCCCACCCACACUCUGAGACUCCUCCCACACACUGAAGUCCCACACAUCGAGGUACUUCUCACACACCGAGGCCUCCUUCAGCACAUCAAAACUCCUCCCAUACACUGAGCCCCUUCCCACACACUGAGGCUCCUCCCACACAAGGCUCCUCCGACACACUGAGGCUCCUCCCACACACUGAAGCUCCUUCCCACACACUGAGACCUCCUUCAACACAUCAGAGCCCCCGCUCACAUGCCAAGGCCCCUCUCACACAUUGACCUGCCUUUCUUCCAGAGAAGUCCCUCCUGAGGAAAAGGUUUGAACACUUAAAAGAAUAAGGAGAUCUGUUCCUUUUGUUCCUCCAUCUGUGCCCAGGGCUGCCAGAACUGGUGCAGAGUGUGGGGCCACAGGAGGAAUCCCUGUUUCUCCCCACUAUGCUCUAUCUCUGCGACUGUUUUUAAAAGGCUCUUUUAAAGGGGUUGUGAACAGUUAUCCCCUGUUUGUCCCUGCCCUGAUUUAUAUUUCUAGUGACUAUUAAUUGCCUACCAAAUGAAGGCUCAGCGUUUGUAAUUAGGCUGGCAAAUUCUACCUGACAUCUUUCGCUCUGUGUUGGGGCAGGGAGGGAGCAUGUGUUAACGGUGUUGAACUAAGCCACACCCCUCCCCCAGCCUGUUGAUUAACCCCAGGUUCACUAAUCAAUAAAGUCUAACUGGUUCUCUUUGCAUUUACAUCCUGGCUUGACUCUUAGCCAAGGGCUGAGGGCUUUGGUUCCAAAACAUUUUCUAUGCCCAGAGAAGAUGCCUCUCUGUCUUGAUCUUGCAGAAGGAACUCUCUCCCGGAAUGGGUAGGGUGGGGAUUCCGUAAAGAGCCAGAGGGAGAAGGGCACUUGUGGGGUAGCCAGGCUGCAGAGAGCUCCCUGUAGCUGUUCUGGAGAAUGAAGCCCUCUUCAGACCCCUUUAUAAGAAGUCGGCCAUAAUUCAGCAGAACACAACAUGGUAUCAUGAAGCCUCAACCUCAGGGAUUUCCUUCGUUUUCUGUUCUUUUAAUCUUUACAAAACACUAUUGAAUUGGAAGCAUCCAUUCUCAGCCACAGCAGGUGGCUUGGCAGUGGCUGCAGAGGAGCUGUCCAGGAUGCUGGCUGCGUGAACCAGGGAACAACCCAGGAUUCAUGAAUACUUUCUGGCACGACUGGUGCCCUAAGUGCACCCGUACAAGCAUCCCAGGGUGUGUUCCUGACCAAGGUGAAGCAUCUCUGUGCCCCUCUGUGGCCGCUGCUCCCAAACACAUGGAAGGACGAAUGCUGAUAUGGGUUGUGCCUUGCCCGCAGCAGGUGCCCAAUGACUUCACUCAGAAAAAUGGCUGCUAAUAACAAUUCAAAAGAGUUAUACAUCAGUCAUGAACAUCUGUGCAUGAAAUAACACAGGAACCCACCUUUAUAAAGCAGGAACUGUGAAAGAAACCAGGAGAUGCAGAGAAAACACACUAAUAAUGGAAACAUUUAAUGUACCACAUUCAGCACAAGGCAGAUCAAGUGGAAAGAAAUGUAAGUAGAAUCAAGAAGGUAGGUAUUAUGAAGAUAUAUAUAUGUCUUUAUAUAUAUAUAUAUACAUUUAUGCCACAAUAAUAUAGAAUAUGCCUUUUUCUCAGGUGCACAUGGAACAUUUACAAAAAGUUAUAUAUUAGGGCACAAAGAUUUCAGUAAGUUCUACAAGGUAGAAAUAUUAUAAAUAAUACUUUCUAACCAUAGUGCACUAAAACUGGACAUUAUUAACAAAGGCAAAAAGAUGUGAAGACCCUAUCACCUAGAAAUAAAAAGCAACAUAUUAACUCUUAGAUGAAAUGGGGAAGGUAAGUUAAAAGUUAAAAAAUAAUCAUAAUGUAAACACUAACUACGAGAAUUUAUGAGAUACAUUUAAAGCAGUGAUCAGAGGGAAAUUCAUAUCCCUAAACACUUUUAAUAAAAAUAUAAAAAUGAGGCUGGGUGCGGUGACUCACACCUGUAAUCCCAGCACUUAGGGAGGCCAAGGCGGCCAGAUCACGAGGUCAAAAGAUCGAGACCAUCCUGGUUAACAUGGUGAAACCCCGUCUCUACUAAAAAUACAAAAAAUAUCUGGGUGUAGUGGUGUGCGCCUGUAGUCCCAUCUUCUCAGGAGGCUGAGGCAGGAGAAUUGCUUGAACCCGGGAGGCAGAGGUUGUGGUGAGCCGCGAUCACACCAUUGGAUUCCAGCCUGGGCAACAAGAGCGAAACUCUGUCUCAAAAAAAAAAAAAAAUACAAAAAUGAAAAUAAGUGAACUAAGUUCUUAGCCCAAAAAGCUAGGUAAAGAAGCACAAGGUAAACUGAAAGAAAGCACAAGAAAGAAUAAUAAGGAUAAAAGCAGAAAAUAAUAAGGUAGAGAAUGAAAGAACAGUAGAACUGAUUGGCAAUCCCUAAAUACGGAUUUUUAAAGUAUUUAAAAAUGAAUGAAACACUUGCUAGUAUAAAAAAUGUAGAGAAAGCACAAAUAUAUGAAGUAAAUGACAAAAGAGACAUAACUGUUGACAAAGAAAAAAUUUUUAUGAGAUUAGGCUAGGUGCAAUGGCUCGUAUCUGUAAUCCUAGCACUUUGGGAAGCAGAGGUGGGUGGAUCACCUGAUGUCAGGAGUUCAAGACCACCCUGGUCAACAUGGCAAAACCCCAUCUCUACUAAAACUACAAAAAUUAGCUGGGUGUGAUGUCACAUUCCUGUAAUCCCAGCUACUUGGGAGGCUGAGGGAGGAGAAAUGCUUGAACUAAAGAGGCGAAGGUUGCAGUAAACCGAGAUUGUGUCAUUGCACUCCAGCCUAGGUAAUUAGAGUGAAACUCCAUCUCAAAAAAAAAAAAAAAAGAUUAUUUUGUAGACCUCUAUAAAAAUAAUAUGAAAACAGUACCAAUUUGCUCUAGGAAGCUUAAAGCUUAAAUAAACCAAUUUCCAUAAAAGAUCUAGAAAAAAUCCUGAAGGAACUACCCCAAAACAUCAUCAGACCUCUUUUUUUUUUUUUUUUUUUGAGACAAGGUUUCACUCUGUCACCCAGGCUGAAGUGCAGUGGUUUAAUCAUGGCUCACUGCAGCCUCCAUCUCCCAGGCUCAAGCCAUCCUCCUACCUCAGCCUCCCAAGUAGGUGGACUACUAGUGCGUGGCACCACACUUGGCUAAUUUUUGUAUUUUUUAUAGAGAUGGGGAUUCACCAUUUUGCCCAUGCUUGUCUUGAACAUGAGGCUCAAGCAAUCCACCUGUCUUGGCCUCCCAAAGUGCUGGGAUUACAGAUGUGAGCCACCACACCUGGUUCAAACUUUCAAAGACCAGAUAUUCUCCAUUCUUUUUUUUUUGUUUGUUUUGAGAUGGAUUUUCACUCUUGUUACCCAGGCUGGAGUGCAAUGGCGCGAUCUUGGCUCACUGCAACCUCCGCCUCCUGGGUUCAGGCAAUUCUCCUGCCUCAGCCUCCUAAGUAGCUGGGAUUACAGGCACGCACCACGAUGCCCAGCUAAUUUUUUGUAUUUUUUAGUAGAGAUGGGGUAUCACCAUGUUGGCCAGGAUGGUCUCGAUCUAUUCUUUAUUAAUUGCUUUAGAGAACUGAAAAUAAAGGAAUGUGUUUUAAGUCUUUCUUCAAAGUAAGUACUGCAUUGACACCUGAGUCUGAAAAGGCAAGAAUAAAAAUGAAAUUACAGAACAAUAUCACUUAUAAUCUUAUAAAUAUUGAAGUAAAAGUGAUAAACUAAUUAUUCAUAAACCAAACCAAUAACACAAUAAGAAAUCAAUGCACCAUGACCAAAUGGUGUCUUUUCCCCAGGAAUGCAAGGUUGGUUCAACAUGAGGAAAUCUAUUAAUAUGACAUUUUAAUAGAUCUAGGGAAAAAUCAUGAUUAUCUCUGUAAAUAUUGAAAAGCCUUUGAAAAAAUUCAAUACAGAGUUCUAAUAUAUCAUUGAAGAAAAUAGGAAUAAAUAGAGGCUUUUUUAACCUGAUAAAAUAUUUGAAUCCCAAAGUCAGGAUGCUUGUUGAUGGUAGAAUGCUAGAGGCAUUUCCACUAAAAGACCAGGAUCAAGGCAAGGAUAUUCAUUAUGUCUACUACUAUCCCACAAUUGUACUGGAGCUAUUAGCAAUUAGAUAAGAGAAAUCCUGGCAUGGAUAUUAGAAAAGAAGAACCAGAACUAUCUCAGUUUUCACAUAAUAUGAUAAUAUACUGGGACAACCUAGAGAAUCAAUGAUAAAAGUAAAUUAAACAAUAAAAGAAGUCAUUAUGCUAAGAAAGACAAGUUAUCAUACCGAACUUAUUAGCUUUCUUAUACAUAAAUAAGAACCAGUGUGAGGAUGGGAUAGCAACAAAGAAAAAGGUAUUUAGGAAUAAACUAAGAAAGAUACGGGCAAAGCCUUGAUAAGAAAUAUUUUUAAGCUCUUCUGAAAGACGUGAAAGUAGUCUUGAACAAAUAGACGUCCCUUGAUCUUGGACGGGUUGAUUUAACAUCAUAAAAAAGACAGUUUGUCCCAAGUUUAAUUUAUGAAUUUAACACAAUCCCAGUGAAGAUAUCAGUAAGUUUUCUUAUGGAGCUAGACAACUGAUACUUAAGUUCACAUGAAAAAACAAAUAUGCAGUAACCACAGUAACCCUGAAAAUUAAGAACUCCUGGGAGGAAUAGCUUUACAAAACAUUAAAAUGAACUAUAAAGCCUCUAUAAUUAAAACAGUGUGGUGAAAUUGAUGCAUGAAUAUUCAAAAUAGCAGUAGAAUUGAAUAGAAAGUCUUGAAAUAUACCCGAGAACAUACGGAAAUUUAGUAUAUGACAAAGGUGGUGUCUGAAAUCACUGGAGCAGAGAUUACCUUUUCAACACAUGGCGCCAGGAUGACCAGGCAGCCUUUGGAAGAAGAUAAAAUUAAAGCAUUCCUUCCAGUAUAUACAAGAAUAAAUUCCAAAUGGAUUGAUAUCUAAAUAUAAAAGGUGAAAUCAUAAAAGUACUAGAAGUGGCUGGGCGCAGUGGCUCAUGCCUGUAAUCCCAGCAUUUUGGGAGGCCAAGGCAGGAGGACAGCUUGAGCCCAGGAGUUCAAGACUAGCCUGGGCAACAUGGCAAAAUGCCAUCUCUACUAAAAAUACAAAAACUCUGGUGGGAGGAUCACCUGAGCCUGGGGAGUUUGAGGCUGCAGUGAGCCAUGAUCAUGCUACUGCACUCCAGCCUGGUUGACAGAGUGACACCCCAUCUCAGGAAAAAAAAGAAAAAAGCACUAGUGAGAAGAAAACAUUAGUGAGUUUUUAUGUAACAUGGGUGUAAGAGAAGGUCUUCUAACAAUGACUCAAAAUCCAGAUGUAGUUAAAGAAAAGACUGGAGGCUGGGCACGGUGGCUCAAGCCUGUAAUCCCAGCACUUUGGGAGGCUGAGGCGGGUGGAUCAUGAGGUCAAGAGAUCGAGACCAUCCUGGUCAAUAUGGUGAAACCCCGUCUCUACUAAAAAUACAAAAAAUUAGCUGGGCAUGGUGGCGCGUGCCUGUAGUCCCAGCUACUCAGGAGGCUGAGGCAGGAAAAUUGCCUGAACCCAGGAGGCGGAGGUUGCGGUGAGCCGAGAUCGCACCAUUGCACUCCAGCCUGGGUAACAAGAGCGAAACUCCGUCUCAAAAGAGAAGAAAAGACUGGCAAGUUUGAUUACAAAAACUAAACACUUUUGAUGUGGGAAAAGGAAAAAGAAAAGAAAAGAAAAAGGCCACCAUAAGCACAGUCAAAAUGCAAAUGACUUUGUAGGAGAAGGUAUUUGCAACAUCUAUCAGAAGGGUUGAUAUCCCCGAUAUGUAAAGAACUGUUAACAUCGAGGAAGGGAUACCUGAUAGAAAAGAUGGGCACAAGACAUGAAAGCUAAUUCACAUCAAGGAUAUUCAAGUGGCCUUUAAGCAAAUGAAAAGUUGUUCAACUUCACUCAUAAUUAGAGAAAUGGAAAUGGCUUUGGGCUGUCAUUUUUAAUCUGUCAGAUUGGCAAACAUGAAAAAGCUAGGCCGUGAGGAGAUAAGCAAUCCCACAGGUUGCUGGAGGACUACACAUGGGUACAACCCUUUUGAAGGGAAGCGUGGCAGUUGUGUUUGUCUGCUUUGCAUUGCCAUAAAGGAAUACCUAAGGCUGGCUAAUUUAUAAAGAAAAGAGGUGUGAUUUGGCUCACAGUUCUGGAGGCUGUACAGGAAGCAUGGUGUCAGCAUCUGCUUCUGGUAAGAUGUUUUAAUCGUGGCAGAACGGAAGGGGAGCUGGCGUGUUCCAUAGGGAGAGGGGGAGCAAGAGAAAGAGGAGGAGGUGCCAUGUACGUUUUAACAACCAGCUCUCCCGUGGUGAAUUCAUUGCCGAAGGGAGGGGCCAAGCCCUUUAUGAGGGAUCCAUCCCAGUGACCCAAACAACUCCCACCAGGCCCCAGCUGCAACUUGGGGACCACAUUUCAACAUGAGAUUUGGAGGGGACAGAUAUUCAAACCAUAUCAGCAAUAUCUAUCAUAACUGCCUGUACAUGUCCAUUUUGACCCAGAAAUCCCACUUCUGGGAAUUCACUCUUGAAGAUAUACCUCAAAAGUAUGAAAAUACUCACACACAAAGUUAUUCACUACAGCAUUCCUUGCAAUUCCAAAAUACUGGGAACAGCCUGAAUGUCCAAACACAGUGGGGUGGUGAAAUAACUGUUGCAUCAUACACAGUACCUGGCACAGUGGAGUCCUGCGCAACUGUGAAAAAGAAAGAGGAAGGCUUCUAUGAACUGGCAUGGGUUGUAUCCCAGGUAUGUGACAAAGGCGAAGUGCAAAAGAGCAUCUGUGGGUGCGAGUAGGGAGUGAAGGCAGGUGAGCACGACAGUUCUUGGCGUAGUGCCGGUGAGAGUUGCACACUCUAUGCUUUCUUAAAACUUGUCAGAUUGUACACCUAUAGUGAGUAGAUUUAUGAUAUGAAAUUAUGCCUAAACAAAGACAUUAAAAGGACAUCUUUAUUAUGCCACUAUUGUAUAGUGAAGAAAGUAAAAUAAAUUUAUCCACAAUAGUCAAGAUUUGGAAGCAACCUAAGUGUCUACCAACCAACAGGUGAAUGGAUAAAGAAAACAUGGUACCUCUACACAGUUGUAUACUAUUCAGCCAUAAGAAGAGUGAGAUCCUCUCCUUUGCAACAAACAACGUGGAUGGAACUGGAGGCCAUUGUGUUAAGUGAAAUAAACCAGGCACAGAAAGACAAACUCUUCAUGUUCUAGUUUAUUCUUGGGAACUCAAAACAAUUGCUUAGAGAUAGAGAGAAGAAGGAUGGUUACCAGAAGCUGGGAAGGGUAGUGGGAGCAUUAGGGAUGGUUAAUGGGUACAAAAAAUAGUUAGAAAGAAUGAAUGAGACCUAGUAUUUGCUAACACGGUAGGGUGUCUAUAGUCUAUAAUAAUUUAAUUGCAAUUUAAAAGUAACUAAAAGAGUAUAAUUGGAUUGUUUGUAACACCAAGGAUAAAUGCUUCAGGUGAGGGACACUCCAUUUAUCCUGUUGUGAUUAUUAUGCAUUGCAUGCCCAUAUCAGAAUAGUUGUGUACCCCAUGUAUAUAUACCUACUAUGUACCAAAAAAAAUUAAAAAUGAAAAAAAUUAAAGUAAAAUAAGAAAAUAUACACAUAUCUGUGUUGUUGAGUAAGAAAGAAAUAUAGGAAAGGAGAGUUAGAAUCUAAUGAGAUUGAUUACUGAUGGGGUUGUUGGGAGCAGGGUUGAAGGGUGGGAGACAGGAGUCAGUGAGAUUUCUCUGAGUAUAUCUGUUGUGUGCUUUUGACAUUAAUCAUCUUGUCAGUAUUUCAAACUAUAAAACAAAAAGCAUCAAGGGCUAGAGAUGAAACCUAAUGUGGAAUAAAAGCAGAAACAAACGAAAGCAGCUGUAUUUCAAAUGGAUACAGAGCCAUGUUGAAAGUUGCGGGAGCUCCCCAGGCAACUUUUGGGCUUUGUAUUUUGACCGUAUACCACCAGGCUAAUAAGAGAAAAGAACUGUAAAAAACAUACAUAUGACUACUCUAGUAGGGUUUGUUUUUUUAAAGUGAUGUGGAUUAGCAGUUCUGAAAUGAUUUAUAUUCAAGAUUGAAGAAAGAUGUAAAUAUAUUGUGAGUCAUGGGAGCCAUUUUUCCCCUAAAUCAGUGAAGGGAGUUACGCAGAUGGGAAGGUAGAAGCUGGUCCUGUGGUGCUGGGUUGGAGUUUGAGAUAUCAGGAUGAACACAUACACACACAGAGAGUUCUAGAAAUAAGUGCAUGUAUUAAUGUAGCUGUCUGCUAAGACAGCCUGGAAGCAAUGAUGUCUCAGUAGUAAAGCUGGCACCCUGAUCUUUUUUCCUAAAUAGCGUCUCCACUAACUGGUAGCAGGGCAAUAUGGUUAAUUCUAGGGUUAGGGCAGAGAUAGUACAAAUGAGCCUGGGAAAAUUUGGACCAGAAAAUAAGGAAGAACUCACACACUCAUGGAGAUGUGGCAAAAGGCACAGAGCUGCUGGGCGCGGUGGCUCACCCCUGUAAUCCCAGCACUUUGGGAGGCUGAGACAGGUGAAUCACCUGAGGUCAGGAGUUCAAGACCAGCCUGACCAACAGGUGAAACCCCAACUCUACUAAUAAUACAAAAAAAUUAGCUGGGCAUGGUGGUGGGCACCUAUAAUCCCAGCUACUCAGGAGGCUGAGGCAGGAGAAUCGCUUGAACCCAGGAGGUGGAGGUUGCAGUGAGCCGAGAUCACGCCAUUGCACUCCAGCCUGGGCGACAAGAGCAAAACUCUAUCUCAAAAAAAAAAAAAAAAAAAAAAAAAAAAAGACAGAGCUAGGCACCUGCUUGUCAGAUCUGUAAUAACUGAGCAUCAACAUUAACAUAAAUAAGUGGAAAAGAAGGAAGAGUGUUUCUUAUAGUAGAUUGACAAUGCAGAAGGAAUUUACGUAGUCCCAACACAUCUCCCCACAAAAUUCUUACUAAUUUCAAAGGGGGAAUUACAAUUUUACAAUGAAUAAAUACAGCAGAUACUACCUGAAUCAAGUGAUCAAAAUACACCAUGAAUACCCGGACAAAUGGACAGCUGUGGCUCUGGCUGGAAGCACUGAGGCCUUGCCGUCGUUUCUGUGAUAUUCCUGCCCGUACAACCUGAAUCUAAUUAUGAGGAAACAUUAGACAAACCCAAACUGAGUGAUGUCUACAAAAUAAUUGGCCUUUCCUCUAAGAAAAAUGUCAAGGUCAUGAAAGAACAGUUCAGAUUAAAGAAAACUAAAGAGACACAAAAACUGGAUGUUUGCGUAAUGCUGGACCUGAUCCCGGACCAGGCGAGUUUGUGUUCUUUUCUUUGGCUCUCAAGGGCAUGAUAGGACACUUGGUGAAAUCUGAAGGACUGUGGAUUAGAUAUUAUGUUUUGUGUCAGUGUUAACGUUCUGAUUUUUAAGAAACACACAGUGAAGAGGUAAGGAGGCACUGUGGCUUUGUCUUGCUCUGAAACAGUUCAGAAAACAAUGUGUAUGUGGGGAUAUAUUUGUGUGCAUGUCUGAAGGGAGAGAGAGAGACUGAAGGGUAAAGAAAGCCAAUGAGAUACCAACAUUUGGGGAAUCUGGGUGAAGGAUAUGCAAAAAUUACUUGUACAAUUUUUUUUUUUUUGAGAUGGAGUCACACACUGUUGCCCAGGCUGGAGUGCAGUGGUGGGAUCUCGACUCACUGCAGUCUCCGCCUCCUGGGUUCAAGCGAUUCUCCUGCCUCAGCCUCCUGAGAAACUGGGACUACAGGUGUGCGCCACCAUGCCCAGCUAAUUUUUUUGUACUUCUAGUAGACCCGGGGUUUCACCACUUUGGCCAGGAUGGUCUCGAUCUCCUGACCUCGUGAUCCGUCCACCUCAGCCUCCCAGAGUGCUGGGAUUACAGGCGUGAGCCACCACACCUGGCCUACUUGUAUUAUUUUUGCCAAUUUUCUGUGUCUUGAAGUGUUUCAGAAUAAAAAAUCUAUUAAAAAGUGAGAUAGUAUAAUAUCCUUCUUAGUAGUGUUAAGGAUUAAAUGAGAUAAUACCCAGCUAGUACUGGGGACCUGAACAUAGGAAUCAUGAAAGAAAUGAUAAUUUUGAUGAUCAGGUGUGAUGACGGCAUGAUGCUGGCUCUGAGUUGACCCAUUAGAGAUGUCCCUUUCUUAUUGGGGGAUGAUAGAUGGCAGCCUCCUUCAUAGCAGGAGCCCUGAGCUGAGAAUUUGGUGGGUUCCCAUCAGCCCUGACACCCACUGCUCUGUGACUGCAAGUUGGCAGUCAUUCUAGUUUCAUUUUUUUGGAGGGGGUACCUUCUUCUUAGGCCUACUUUUGAAUGAGUUUUAUUCAUUCAUUAUUUAAUGUAUUCACUCAUUAACAUCAUUUAUCGAAAAUUAUGUGCCAGGCACUAUUCCUUGCAAUAAGCCAGCUCCACAGGGAAUGAAUGCUGUAGUUUAGGGGAGAGAAAUAUGCACCAUGGUAACAAUAUAGAGAAGCACAACCCGGUACAUAUUUCCUGCUGAGGUGCAGUUCAGGAGUCUUCCUGGCGGGUGGUGGGGUGGAAUUCAGUCUUCCUAGUGGGGUGUAAUUCAGGAGUGUUCUGGUGGGUAAAAUUCAGAGUCUUCCUAGUAAGGGGUGAUUCAGAGCCUCCCUGGGAAGUAAGUGCUCACAUGGUCUGGGAGAAGGGCCAGAGUGCUCACCUGUGAUGGGAGGAAUAUAGGAUGGACAGUGAGGCCGUGCUGGUCACUGUCCUGAGAGUAUGAGAAAGUGGCUGGGACACAGGGCAGGGUGGGCGCUGGGGCAUUUGAACCAUGAUUGAAAAUGACUGCAGGUUUGUAGAGAGGAAUAUGGGCUCGGGAAGCAGUUCCAAACUCAAGAAUCCUGACCAGUGCCAGCCUGCAGAGUUUUAACUGGUUUACGGCAGAAUAUGAGAAAUGAAGACGAUGGUGUCUGAUACUCACUGGGAAGGACUGCCAACUGCUCUUUCUCGGGAAGAACUACUUUUAUGCCUGAGCUCAUUUUUUAACAUAAAAUACACAUUCUUUUAUGAAAUUAUAUUGAAAGCAGAUGGCAAUUUUUUUUAACGUACUUACUUAGCAAAAUAAAAAGUUGUCAGUCCUAUAUUUGUCUCCCCAUUAAAUUUUUAAAUACUGGAUUAUAAAAUCUAAACAGCUGGGAACUUAAGCAUUCUAGACUUCCUGAAUGAAGUUUCAUGGUAAUUUCUGGUUUAAAAAAUGUAUUUUAAAAAACGUAUAUAAUAUUUUUAACAUACAUGAAAUUAUAGAGAAUAAGAGGUACAUCGGUUCACCUGCCCUCUGGAUUUCAGAAAAGCGCAUACUCCCUGGUACCAACCUUCAUUAUUUUUGCAUUUUCAUUUUUACUGAUGAUUUGUUUACCCAUCCUUUCCCCCUCCAGCCCAUUAGAGUGGGGCCUGUGUUUGCAUGCAAUUAUUUUGAUAGAGCUUUUUGGGCGCUCCUUCUUGGAGACAGAAGGAAUAUUGGGAUGGACUCUGUAUUAGUUUGUUCUCACACUACUGUAAAGAAAUACCAAGACUGGGUAAUUUAUAAAGGAAAGAAGUUUAAUUGACUCACAGUUCUGCAUGGCUGGGGAGGCCUCAGGAAACUUACAGUUAUGGUGGAAGCCGAAGGGAAAGCAGGCACCUUCUUCACACGGUGGCAGGAGAGAGAAGUGGGCAAGAGAGGAUCUACCAAACGCUUAUAAAGCCAUCAGAUCUUGUGAGAACUCACUCCCUAACCUGAGAACAGCAUGCAGGCAACCAACCCCAUGGUCCAAUCACCUCUCACCAGUCUCUCCCUAAACACCUGAGGAUUACAAUUCAAGAUGAGAUUUGGGUGGGGACACAAAGCCUAACCAUAUCAGGGCCCAAACAAACCAUUACACUUUUAAAAGGAAAUUGUGGCGAAAUGUACCUGACAUAACAUUUCCCACUUUAACCAUUUUCCAGUAUACUGUUCAGUGACAUUAAGUAUGUUCACGUUGUUGUUUGACCAUAACUAGUAUCCAUCUGCAGAACUCUUUUGACUUUCCAAACUGAAACUCUGUACCCAUUAAACAGUAACUCCUUCCCUCUCCCACAACCCUGGUAACUACUGUUACACCUUCUGUCUCUAUGAAUUUGACUACUCCAGGGGCCUCAUACAAGUGCAGUCAUGCAGUAUUUGUCCUUUGUGUCAGACUCAUUUCACUUAGCAUUUCGUCUUCAGGGUUAAUCCAUGUUGUGGCAGGUAUCAAUAUAUCCUUCCUUUUUAAGGCUGAAUAAUAUUCCACUGUAAUCCAUAUUUUGUUUAGCUACUCAUCUGUCAAUGGAAAUCUGAGUUGUUCUCUACCUUUGGCUGUUGUGAACAAUCCUGCAAUGAACAUAGGUGUGCAGAUAUUUGUUCAGUUCCCUGACUUAAUUUCUUUGGGGUGUAUAUUCCAAUCCUGGGCCAUGUGGUAACUUUAUGUUUAGUUUUUGGAGGAACCAUUAUACCGUUUUCCAUAGCAGCAGCACCAUCUUACAUUUUCACCAGCAAUGCACAAGGUUGCAGUUUUUCCACAUCCUCACCAACACUUGUCUUUUGUUUUUUAAUGACAACCACACUAGUAAGUGUGAAGUGGCAUCAGACCAUUACACUUCGAGCUUCACAUUUUUGUGAACAGGUAGUAUACAAAGCUGCCGUCUGUUCUCUAUUCUGAAUCCUAUUCUCUUUGACUUCAUGUUCUCCUUGAGCCUCACUUAAUUAUUGUUGCCUGUGCACAAAGUUGUACACAAAAUACUUUCUGUGUAGUUUUUAACAGGAGAACACUGGAGAAAGCCUGAAUGUCCACCAGUAAAAGCAAGGUUAAAUAACGUGUGCCACACAGAGAUUGGGAAAUACCAUGCAGCAAUGAACAAGAACGAGUUACUUCUGUAAUGCUGGCACUGUAUGAGCUCCACGACAUAUUGCUAAGUGAAAAAAUGAAGCCAUACAAGAGCACAUUAAAAUACACAUGUGAAUAUCCAGAAACGACAAUGAACUCAACAAAAUUAGCAAGAAAAACAAUGCCAUCAGAAAGUGGGCUAAGGAUAUGAAUAGAUAGUUCUCAAAAGAAUGUAUAGAAAUGGCCAGCAAACAUAUGAAAAAGUGCUCAGCAUCACUACUGAUCAGGGAAAUGCAAAUCAAAGCCACACUGUGAUACCAGCCUACUCCUCCAAGAAUGGCCAUAAAAAAAAAAAAAAGAUGUUGGUGUGGAUGCAGUGAAAAGGGAAGAUGCCCACCCUGCUGGUGGGAAUGUAAACUAGUGCACCCACUAUGGAAAGUAGUGUGGAUAUUCCUCAGAGAACUAAAAGUAGGACUACCAUUUGAUUCAGCACUCCCACUACUGAGUGUCUACCCAGAGGAAAAGAAGUCAUUGUACGAAAACUUGCACACUCCUGUUUGUAGCAGCACAAUUCGCAAAUGCAAAAAGGUGGAACCAACCCAAAUGCCUGUCAGUCAAUGAGUGGAUAAAGAAACUGUGGUGUGUGCAUAUAUAUCAUAUAUAUGCAUACACACGUAUGUGUGUAUAUAUAUCUCCACUCAUUGAUAUUAUAUCUAUAUAUAUCUUUAUAUAUAUGUUGGAUCACUACUCAGCCAUAAAAAGGAAUGAAUUAAUGGCAUUUGCAGUCACCUGGAGGGGACUGGAGAUUAUUAUUCUAAGUGAAGUAACUCAGGAGUGGAAAACCAAACAUUGUAUGUUCUCACUGAUGAGUGGAAGCUAAGCUAUGAGGAUGCAAAGGCAUAAGAAUGACACAGUGGACUUUGGGGACUCGGGG